CGUGCUGAGAGAGAUUAAAAUAUACAGCAUAGUCGAGUAAUCAUGCCUUGCCUCCAGCUUUCCCUUCUUACUCUUCACCAGCCACGCUAUAAAUUUGGCAAAGAGAUAGUCCAGUAAUCAUUUCCUGCUCAAACCUAUCUGUAGUAGUCGAGUAAUCUUUCUGGUGACAAGUAAACCACUGUGCUUUCCCUCACCUUGAAAGAACAAAAUGACACCUUUCUGGCAUUAUCUCACGCCCGUUCUAAUCUCUGUGGCUGGGUACUUCAUUGUUACGAAGAAGAAUCGGAGGACCAUCCCUCGCUCACAAAACGAGGAUACUGGAAAACAAAGUGAUUCUGAGCUAUCUGCUUCCUACUACACCUCUGUGUUAGGAAAUAAUUACUACGUGUUCUUGAGCUUUAGAGGCCCUGAUACUCGUGAUGGCUUCGUCGAUCACCUCUAUCAUAAACUCGUGGACGUGGGCCUGCACCAUCCAGACUACGUGUUCAGAGAUGACGAGAAGCUCCGCAUUGGCCAGCCAAUUGCUGAAAAUCUUGUCGAUGCAAUCGAGCGCUCUAAGAUUUCAAUCCCAAUCAUCUCAGAAGAUUAUGUUGGUAGUAAAUGGUGCCUCCGCGAGCUCAUUAAGAUAAUGGAGUGCCAUGAACACAGAGAUCAAAUAGUCUUGCCCGUGCUUUACAAGGUGAAAACCAGUGAUGUGAAAACCAUGGGGGGGAAAUUUGGAGAAGCCUUCCGACGCGAGAAGUUUGACAAAAAGUUCGAGGAAAAAGCGAAGGCAGCACUCCAAAAAGCAGUUAAACUUACAGUAUACAAAUUACACGAUCAUAACGGGCGUGAAGGGGAAUUAGUAAAGGCACUCAUAAGAGCGAUAAUGCUCAAGCAGCUACAUGAUUUUCUACCGUCUUUUCCCAAGGACUUGGUUGGAAUUGAUGAUCAUGUGGCUAGGGUUAAGAAUUUGGCGGAUACUGCUUCUCCGGAAACUCGAAUUAUUGUGAUUUAUGGGAUUGGUGGCAUCGGUAAGACGACUCUAGCUACAUUCAUCUAUAAAGAGCUUUUUGAUAAAUUUGAUUGCCACAGCCGUCUCGAUGAUAUUAGAGAAACAAUUAAAAACAAGGGUAUGGAGUAUGUCCAAUCUCUAUUAGCAUCACAUAUAACAAAAAGUAGAGUGCAUGAUUUUGGGAUUGAAAUGAUCAGACUUUGUUGUUCAAAAAAGAAGGUACUUAUUCUUCUUGAUGAUGUGGAUAGUCGAGCCCAUCUUGAUAAUUUGAUUGGAGGCUGUGAUUUCGAGUCUGGGAGUCGGAUCAUUAUUACUUGUCGAGAUAAGGCUCUCUUGAAGCCUGAAUAUAAAGGGUAUGAACUCAAAGAAAUGAAUAGGGAAGACUCUUUGCUUCUGUUUAGGAAAUGUGCAUUCGAAGGGGAACAACCUCCAAUAGAACACGUGGCUCUUUCCAGUGAUAUUGUUGCCACCACGGGAAGGAUUCCCUUAGCUCUCGUGAUUAUAGGUUCAUUUCUCAAAAGAAAAGAUAAAGGCAUAUGGAUAGAGACGCUGGAGAAAUUGAAGAAGGUGCCUCAUAUCGAUGUACAACAAAAGUUGAAGAUAAGUUACAAUUCAUUAGGAUAUGAGGAACAACAAAUGUUUCUAGACAUAGCAUGCUUUUUCGUUGGAAUUGACAAAAGAAUUGUCGCCUACCUGUGGAAUGAUCUCCAUUAUCGUGUAGAUUUCGGAUUAGAAAGGAUGAUGGAACUUUCGUUAAUGAAAGUUAAUGAUAACAAUGAGUUGAGAAUGCAUGAUCACCUAAGAAAUCUAGGCAGAGCUAUCGCCCGUCCAGUAGAUAAGGAGCCUUGGGAAUGUAGCAGACUAUGGGACGAGGAAGCCACAACAGUGCAACGAAGCAAGUUGGAAAACAGAUAUGUAGAGGCACUGAGUCUGAACAAAAAGGGCUCAAGCAUGUUCAUGGAGCAAGAUCGCUUUACAAGAAUGCCUUACCUGAAGUUCCUUCGUCUGAGUGAAGUGGGUUUUCAUGAAGAUAUUAAGGAUUCACUUUCUGAAUUAAGAUGGCUAGAGUGGGAGAAGUGUCCUGCUUCUUUCGUGGCGACCAAUGUUGAUUUGGAGAAAUUACUGGUACUUAAUUUAUCAUGUGGUUCUAUUAGUCAUGAUUGGGGAGGAUGGACUUCAAUCAAGAUGGGGAAGUUGAAAGUUCUCAAUCUUUCAAGUUGCACACAUCUAACGAGCACCCCUGAUCUCUCUGCACUAAAAAAUUUAGAGAGGCUAAACCUGGAAAAUUGUGCAAAUUUGGAGGCAAUCGGCGAUUCCAUUGGAUAUCUCAAGUGCCUCGUUUCCUUGAACUUGAGGGAUUGUCGGAAGCUCGGCAAGUUACCCGACCCCAAACUAGGUGAACUGGAGAAUUUGGAGGAACUUCUCGUCGACAGGACUGGCAUAACCGAAUUCCCUGGUUGUAUACAAUCUCUGAAGAAGCUGAAGACGCUUAGUGCCGUGGGUUGCGGUCAACUGACGGUAGUUCCAACACAACUGGGAGAACUGAAGGGCCUCGUUUCUUUGAACUUGGGGGCAUGUGAUAAACUCGCAGUGCUACCUGAAGAAAUAGGCAAAUUGGAAGAACUGAAAGAAAUUAAUAUAAGCGCGACUGCCAUAAAGAAACUUCCUCCAAGUAUAGGUUGUUUGAAGAAGCUGGAGAUGCUUGAUGCCUACGGUUGCCAAUCAUUGGAUGGACUUCCCGACUCAAUUGGCCGUCUGGUAAAUUUGUCGACCCUCGACUUGAGACGCUGUUACAGUUUAAAAAUACUUCCAGAAAGCAUCGGAUCCCUUGUGAAAUUACGGCGCUUAUUGUUAUACAACACACUGAGGCUUCCAAAUGGUAAUGGUGAUGCCCCAGUAGAGAAUCGCAUCCCGGAUUCAAUUGGUUGGUUAGAAUGCUUAACUAAAUUGGACUUGUCAUGGACAGAAAUUUCGGAAUUACCUGAAUCUGUUGGGGAUUUGAAAAACUUGAAAAUUUUGAAAAUUGAACGAUGUGUGAAUUUGACAACUUUACCUAGUACCCUUGGCAAGUUGGGCAAACUUGAAGAAUUAGAUGCCUCCAAUUGUCAGAGACUGGAAGGGGAAGUUCCUAUAGCUGGGAUGUCUUCACUAAGGAUCCUUCAGUUACGCGGUACGCUCGUUUCUGGCUUUCCUGACUCAAUCGAUAAGCUUUCUCGUCUUGAAAAACUUGAUUUAUUGUGCUGCAAGAUGCUUCGAUCACUGCCGCAAAGCUUCGGUAAGCUGCCUUCUCUGCAACACCUUGAUUUAACUUAUUGUGAGAAACUUCAGUCGCUGCCGGAACUUCCUCCCAGUCUAGUAGUUUUGAAAAUCACCUGUCAGCAACGCACAUUGCCUCAGCUUUCUCACCUAAUCCAUCUAAAAGAACUCGCUGUUGAGCAUUGCCCAUCGCUGGAAUCCAUGCCAGAGCUUCCCUCACGAUUACUGAAGCUUCAUGUCGACAGCAGUGCUAAGUUGGAAGACUUGCCAAGUUUGUCAAGUUUGGGAUACUUGUCAGAAUUACAUCUCAAGGAGUGCAGUGUGCUGACAAAGAUCGAGGGCCUGGAAGCGUUAAGAUCCUUGGAAGAACUAGAUGUAUCUGGAUGGAGGAAGUUGUCCGACCUUGAGGGCCUUGAAUGUCUAGAGUCUUUGAGACGCUUAACCAUUGAUUUCCGCAAGUCAGAUGCUCCACUGUGGAAUGAUGAUCUAAGCCUGGUCAGAUUGAAAAACUUGGAAGCGCUGAGAAUACGGGGCUGUCGGUACCUUAGAAGCCUGGACCUUUCGCAAUCAGCAACACAUCUGAAGCGAUUAAGCACUAGCGGAUGCAGCAAUCUAGUCGAAAUCAAAGGCCUUUUGAGUUUGGCAAACUUGGAAAGUUGGAAUAACCACGGUUGCACAUCGCUUGCCAUACCAGACCGCUCGUGCUUUCCUAAAAUAAAAGAAUCCCGCUGGGGAGAUUGGGAGAGGCGAACAUGGUGAAAUGAGGGAUUCAACUGCAAGGCCUCAGCAAGUUGUCCACAUCUGCCGAGCUGUGUAUACUUAAAAUGGGAUGACGCGGGUCGCGUUUCCUUUCAAAGUUCAAGGAAUGGGAGACCCUGGUCGUGGAAGUUGAAACGAUGCUUCAAGGGCAUCGUGCUUUGGAUCAUGGGAGCAGUACAUAGGUAUUGUUUUCCUUCUCCUACGUGAUUCAAGGACGGAGAAGCUGAUCCAGGAGUCCGACGUGAUGCUUGGGAGAAAGAAUUCUAUUGACAAUGCCAACAGUGAUCAGAACUCCUUCAAGUACGUCAGAUCUCAAGAGCCAUCAAGUAAGAUUGUUCAUCCUGGAUAAGCUAUCAAUGAC